AUGCUGGUGCGAGGGCAGCAGUACAAGUAUCGGGGGCAUGUCGUUCACUUUCUUCGUGAGGUUGGCUUGGUGUACAACCAGCUCCCACUUCUGCCACGGGAGUUAAACACGGUGUUGCUGCGUCCUGCCAACACGUCGUCACACGCCAAUCUAAGCCGGCAAUUUACCCGUCAGUUCCGUGUGCGCCGCCAGGCGGUUAUGAUAUGGCUUGACUACCUCCGCCAUCACCAUCCUGGAUACCGAUGCAUCGUCAUCGACAACGAGCGACUGAGCCAACUGCCCGAGGACGGCAAUGUGGUGGACGCCAUUCCCCAAAGCCAGGUGGAGGCUGCCGAUGUAAGACCGGAGGAGGAAGAUCAGGAGGCGGAGCCUGACCUAGAGGACGCGGCUGCGGUACCGGACCUGUUGACCAAGGACACGGAGCUCGAUGCUCUGCGGUCUAUUCUCGUGGGCGAGCCAGAACCGGAGCUGCGGCUCCCGAAUAUACGGCAUACGCCGAUCAAUGAGUUCAAUCGCUCUCAUGCCCUGCUCUCAUUGGCAUUCCCAUGCCUCUUCCCAGACGGGAGAGCCGACUUUGUCGAGCCUCGCUUGCGGUCGAUAGAUUACAAGGAUUACAUCGAGCACGCGAUGCGGUGGCACGACGGGCGUUUUGCGCGGCACCCAACCUUCCGUUUUGUCGCAUUCAAUACCCUGAUGCGGUCCCAAGCACGUGCGCGGUCGAAGUUCUUCGUGAAGCAACAUGAUGGCACCCGUGAAGCGCUCACGCGAGAGCAGCUUAUUCAGGCGCUCGAACACAGCGAGGAUCCUGAGGCGCAGGCGCUGAUAAACUCAAUCACAAGAAAGAGGCAGGACCUCGAGGCGUAUGCGUACAGCCUGGGCUGUCCUGGCGCAUUUAUCACAUUUAGCCCAGCCGAUUUGCACUGGCGGAGCCUCUACCAACACAUGCCCCGAUAUGGAGAAUGGCUGCGCGCGUCCGAGCCGGAAAGGAUGGCAUUGUCGCGAUAUCGUGUUGCGGAAAAGUUCAACGUCACGGAUUACUGGGAUCGAUAUGAAUGGCAAGGCCGUGGCAGUCCGCACAACCACGGUCUGUACUGGAUGCAGGAGGGCCCAGCCGCCGACAUGGAGGACGAAGCUGCUCGUGACAUGUUUGCACGCGUAUGGGGCUUCCACGUCACGGCCGUGAACCCGGAGCCCCGUAGGACUGUGCCUCAGGGGGAGGGCAAUCCGCUGAGCGUGGAUCCGCUGGGCGUGGAGAUGACAUUCCUGCGGCUCUCGCAAAUCGUCAACCGCUGCCAGCGCCACAGAUGCAAUACCACGUACUGCUUGCGAGUCAGAAAGGGAAGCGGAGUGUCGUUUCGACUUCCCCGUGCCUUGAGAGAGCUGGCCGCGGUCAUCAGGAAGGAAGGCAGGUCGUACUACAUCUUCGAGGCGGCCCGCAACGACAGCCUCAUGAACCAUUUCAAUCCUGCCAUCAUUCUGGGAUGGGACUCGGGUGGUUGUGUACGUCGACUGCCGCCCGUUGAGCAGCAUGCGCGGUCGUACCGCGUCGAUGAUGAUUCGUACAAUCUCAAGACAUGGAGGAGACUCGGUGCGAACGCGAAGAAGAGGUUGAUGAUGGCCCAUCCGCAUCGCGCUCCGGAGGAGUUGCUUGCUGUGGACGGGCAGCGGUUUGAGUCCUUUGUUGCGGCGUACCGGUGUUGUCGGCAGCGACACCAUUUCCAUGAGGACGACCAUUACGGGGAGGUGGGAACAAACGAGCUCCAGGCGGAGGACGAUGAGUUUGAGCAGGAGGUCCAUGACGAGCCCAUCGCAGAGGAGGACUGGCAUGAGCUCGCCCGCAUGCUGCCAGACCGGCCGCUGGAGGAAGAGGACAUCGACGUACUUGGCCGGCGAAAUAUCGACCGGCAACUACUGGGAGCAACGCAAGGCGGAAAGCUCCUUUCCCUUGAUGUGGAGCACCAGCCUCUGGAAGCACGCGAUGCCCUGAAUCCGGAGCAGCGCAUCGUGUAUGACACGGUGAUGGGCCACUUUCUCGCCCAAGACCGUUCCCAGUUGUUACUCCAUGUCGAUGGUGGCGGUGGCACAGGCAAGUCAUAUCUCAUCAACCUGCUCUCGGCGCACCUCCAGGCCGCUACACGCGGGAGAGUGACACCUGUCUGGCGUGCCGCACCGACGGGUGUCGCAGGGAACCAGAUAUCAGGCACUACUUUGCACUCGCUGCUUCACCUCCCGAUCAACAAGGACUUCAGGCCGCUCUCCGCCAUCGACAAGGCCCAGCUCCAGAAGAAGCUGAAGGAUAUUCAGUACCUAAUCAUUGACGAGAAGAGUAUGCUGGGACUGCGUAUGCUAUCCUGGAUCGACGACCGUCUCCGUGAGGCAUUUCCGCAUCGGAACGAGGAGUUCUUUGGCGGACUCAAUAUCCUUUUGUGCGGCGAUGAUCAGGCGUCCUUUCGCAAGGCUCUCGGAGAACUGCGGCUGCUCCUACUAUCCCACGAGUCCUGGAAACUUCUCUCCGGCCGCGUGCAGGCAAAGCUAGACGAUCAGGAGGUCGCCAGGUUCGCCAACGCCUUACGGGCGGGCAACCUUGCGAAACAGGUCCCUGUAUGCAUUGGUGCCCGCUUAAUGCUGACGUGCAACCUCUGGCAACAAGUUGGCCUCUGCAACGGCGCUCGCGGCACAGUGCACAACAUUGGCUGGGCACCUGGCGCUGAUCCCAUCCGAGACCAACCGAAGAUUGUCCCGAUUGUGGCAUUUCCCCUGGUCGUAUGCUACGCCAUUACGGUUCAUAAGUCGCAGAGCAUCACCGAAGACAGGAUCGUGACAGAUCUGUCCUGCCGUGACUUUCAGACAGGGUAUCAAGAUGAAGAUGAGGGACCAAAGAUUUAG